CUUCACAGUAGACUACCCUGGCAAAUCAUUCGUGAUGAACGGCCAGCGUGUCCAGAUUAUGUCGGGCGCCAUCCACUACUUCAGGGUUCUGCCUGACCUCUGGGAGGACCGCCUCAAGACAAUGCAGGCGUCCGGCUUGAACACAAUAGAAACCUACGUCGAGUGGAGUAGCCACGAGCCCGAAGCUGGCCAGUUCAAUUUCGAAGGGCAGCAGGAUCUUGUGCGCUUCCUCAAGAUCGCCCACAGACUCGGCUUCAUGGUCAUCCUCCGGCCGGGCCCCUACAUCUGCGCCGAACGCGACUUCGGAGGCCUUCCGUACUGGCUCUUACAAAAUGGCUCAUCGAUACGGGUUCGGACCAUGGACGAAAAUUACAUCUACUAUGCUGAUCGAUAUCUCAUUAAAGUCUUUGAGAAGGUGCGCCCACUCCUCUUCAAAAACCACGGACCAAUCAUAAUGGUACAGCUGGAAAACGAGUACGGCACCUACGAGGCUUGCGAUUUCAACUACACGCAGCACCUGAAAAACCUGACGACGACACACCUCGGACUGGACGUGGUUCUGUUUACCACGGACGGCGCUUUCGACGAUAGAAUGAUUCAAUGCGGUCGCGUCAAAGGAACGCUCACUACCGUCGACUUCGGCGCUGGUUCCGAUGUGCCAAACGCGACCGUGUUACGGCAGAGUUACCAACCAUCGGGCCCUUUCAUGAACUCGGAGAUGUACACCGGAUGGUUGGACAAUUGGGGCCUACCCAAGAGCCGCGUGGAGACGCCUGUUCUGAUCGACACUCUCCGCCAGCUGCUAGACAUGGGGGCAUCUUUCAACCUGUAUAUGUUUCAUGGUGGAACUAACUUCGGUUUUAGAUCUGGUGCCAAUGACAAUGGUGGGUUCCAGCCACAGAUUACCAGCUACGACUAUGACGCCCCCCUCACCGAGGCUGGCGACACGACCGAGAAGUUCAAGGCCAUACGCGAACUUAUCGAUAAGCUUUAUCCGGGCCGAGUGACAGCACCCGUACCACCUCCGAAGACAAAGAUGGCUCUUCGGGGCAUCACAAUGAAAAGAAUGUUUGGCCUGAAGACGCUGCGGCAGCUGAUGAACCGAACUGUGAAAUCGACCUACCCGCUUACGUUCGAGCAAGUCGGCCACGCCUACGGCUUGAUGCUCUACGAGACCACUGCCCCUUCCAAACUGAGGGCAUCCUCGCUUCUGAAGGUGCACGGCAUACGGGAUCGAGGCUAUGUCUACGUCGAUGACGUAUUCAAGGCCAUCGUUUCCCGUAGUGACCAAUUGUUCGAAGCCAUCAUCGAGAUAAAGUCCGGGCAGACCCUGUCAAUCCUCGUGGAGAACCAGGGACGCAUAAACAUGGGAGCUAUCGUUGACCCCAAGGGCAUUGUACAAAAUGUAACUCUCGAAUACACUCUCCUGAGCAAUUGGACAAUGCGGCCCAUCAACCUCACCCAAGGCGCCUGGCUUCGGGACUACAAGGCGCUCGAGCAGCUCGCAGACCCACGGGAGCCAUUCACGAACAAAGGAUUGGUGGUGUACGCGGCCAAUGUCACGCUGCCGCAAGGGAAGGGCGUCAGCGACACCUUCCUGCUCAUCGAAAUGUUUAAAAAGGGUACUGCCUUCCUGAACGGGUUUAAUCUGGGCCGCUACUGGACAUCGGCGGGCCCGCAGAAAGCUCUGUACGUGCCGUCGGUGCUAUUCAGGGAGGGCGGCAACCUACUCCUGCUGCUGGAACAGGAAGCUGUCCUGUGCAAUUCCGACAAACCCAAGCCGUGCAAUGUGCACUUUGUGCCCGAGCCACACUUCGAUGGGCCAUUGCACUGGUCUGUCUAAUAAAGGG